AUGGCUUCUCCCGACCUCAACACUCUCAAGCUUACUGCCCAUUUAGCUGUUGCGGAGAAGUUUGAGGCGCAGAAUGCCCGCAUCACUCCAGAUAUCGUGCUGCGAGUUAGCCUCGCCACUAUCCAGCUCAACUGCCAGCCUCGUCUCUCGACCGUUAUCAACGGUACAUAUCCGGCACCCCCAAUCUAUCUCGAACCUGAGCGAACAACGUGGAUUCGGGUGUAUAACGACGCAGAUGUGAAUACAACAAUGCACUGGCAUGGCCUUGCACUAUCUGCGGCGCCUUACGCUGACGGUGCUCCGCAAGCUUCACAGUGGCCGAUCCCGCCUGGAUGUUUUUAUGACUACGAGCUCCAUCCGAGUGCUAGCGAAGCUGGAACAUCCUUCUACCACUCUCAUGUAGGUUUCCAAGCCAUCACGGCUACCGGAGCUUUGAUAGUUAAGGAUGCUGUGCCGCCGCCAUACGCGUACGACGAGGAGAUAAUUAUGAAGAUUGGUGACUUUUACCCCGAAGAAGACCACACAAUCGAAUCACAGUUGACGGGAGUGCCUUGGAUAUGGACUGGGGAUCCAACGUCGUUACUCAUCAACGGACAGAGUGGGAUAGCCCCUGGCUCUUCCGCCCCAGGACCCUCGGACCAGUCAUGUCGGCCUUGGGUUAUGAAUGUCGAGGCAGGCAAGACAUAUCGAGUACGCGUCAUUGGCAGCACUGCGUUGUCUUUGGUGCUGUUUGGUCUUGAACAGCACGACAAUUUGACCAUCAUCGAAACAGACAACUUGUACGUCUACCCUGUACAGACUCCUUAUGUACAAGUCGACACGGGUCAAAGAUUCAGUUUCUUGUUGCAAACAAAAUCGCCAAGCGAGUUGCAAUGCUUGGGUGGUCAGACAAAAUUCUGGAUUCAAUUCGAGACUCGAGAAGGCCAAGAUACGGUUUUUGCUUGGGCUAUUCUCAACUACACCGACGUGGGGCUGUCGACAUCGCAAGCAUUGGAGUCUAGCCAGGUCCAGAGCUCUCGGUAUUUGACCUCAAAUUCAUCAUGUCCGGAUCCCGUCCCUACGGCACCGAUCCUGGAACUGCCAACCAAUGUCACGGAUUGGCUGGAGUAUGCUUUUCAAAAUCCCCCUUUGGCAGGCUACGAGGCUCCCCCUAAUGCAACAGAAGUGACGCGGCGCAUCAUCGUCUCAACUUCACAGUUCCUCCAAAACUCUUCCGGCAACACAGUGAUGAUCUCGAACAAUCGAUACUGGAGCGACAGCGCUCCUCUGGGGCCAACAACAGAUACACCGUAUCUCGUUGAGAUUCUUCAGAAUGCGAGCAUAAAUGGUGUCACUCCAGACUACGGCCGUGCAAUUGCUAACGGAGGCUUUGACCUGCUGUCACAGACAUAUCCAGCCCACAUUGGCGAGGUGCUUGAAAUUGUGUGGCAGAAUGCUGCUUCUUACCCGGCGGGGAUCUACGGUCCGCAUCCCAUGCAUGCUCACGGUGGGCCAUACUGGGACAUGGGCUCGGGCUCGGGGGAAUACUCGCCUGAAGCGCAUACGGCGCUGCUGGAAUCGCAUUCUACUGACAAUGUCCCUUACCCUGGCUCACGGCGUGACACGACCAUGCUGUACAAGUACACGUUGCAGUCUCCUGAGCCCGGUAAGGUGAAUGGCUGGCGAGUAUGGCGCAUACGUAUCACCGAGAGGAACGUCGGUGUUUGGAUGAUGCACUGCCACAUCCUACAGCAUAUCGUGAUGGGGCAGCAGACAGUAUGGGUCUUUGGGACGCCAGAGGAGAUCACCAAGCAUUCGAUGCCGAUACAAGGUAAUCUGGCUGGAUACUUUCGAUAUGGCGGGGAUGUGGUGGGCAAGGCUGGGGAGGAAGAUGGGGCCAGCCACGUUGUGCAGUUCUUUCGGGAUGGAUGA